AUGUACAGGGCCGUCAUCCUGCCGACGCUGCUGUAUGGAGCGGAGACUUGGACAGUGUACACGAAGCAGGCACGCCGACUGAACCACUUCCAUCUCAGUUGUCUUCGAGGCAUCCUGAGACUGAGCUGGCAGGAUCGAAUCCCCGACACGGAUGUGCUGGAGCGGACGGGAAUCCUCACCAUCUACGCCAUACUGAGGCAAAUCCAGCUGCGCUGGAGCGGCCACCUGGUGCGCAUGGACGACGAGCGACUACCCAAACGACUCUUCUACGGAGACGUCGCGACGGGUUCUCGCCGCCAAGGAGGCCAAAUUCGCCGAUACAAGGAUACUCUGAAGUCCUCCCUGAAGCGUCUGCAAAUUAACCAACUGGGAAGACCUCGUCCGCGAGCGACCGAUCUGGAGGGGGACAGUGAAGUCAGGCGCUGCGUCUUUGAAGCCAACCGCAUCGCCGCCUCCAAAGUCAAACGCAAAACACGCAAAUCACCACUAUGCUCACCCGCAACGCCGACGCACAACCGCUUCCAACGUGUCCUCGGUGUCAACUGA